AUGCCGCCAAAAAAGUCUAACCUCGACAAUGCGUAUAGCAAUGAGGCACGACGCAAACGUGUUGUAAGACAUCAUGAAUCGGCUAAAGAAAUUGUUGCAAGAAACGCAGCUCAAAGAAUCAGGGCAGCACAGAGUUGUGCACAAGAAUCUAGAGAGCAGCGUGAUGAACAUUCUGAUAGUUCACUAUCCAGCUCAAUGGGGACAUCUAAUUUGUGUCUUUUUAUGGAUAAGGUGUUUGAUUCUACGAAUGGAUCCACAAUUAAUGCAUUAGAUGGCAAACUCCUAAGAUGUGCAGUUAAAAAUGGAUCUUCUCAUAUUCAAUUUUGGAAUGAAGCAAUUAAGGUUUUCAAAACAAUGGUUUUUGUGAGUAAAGUAGAUGGCUCAGCUGUAAGACAACCAAUAUGUGUAAAAAAUUAUAUAAAAACAUUAGAAUCUUUUAAAUACUUGUGGUUAAAAUUAAAAUCCGAAGGUUUAAAGUUUCUAAUAUUAAGGAAUAUUAAUCAAGAUUCUUUGGAAUGUUUCUUUGGAUCUAUUAGGAGCCACGGAUCCAGAAAUAAUAUGCCCAAUUGCUAUCAUUUUUCUACAUCAUUUAAAACAUUACUUUUAAAUAAUUUCUCUUCAUUAAAGUCAUUGGGGAAUUGUGAGGUAGAUGAUAGUGUAGGAGCUUUAGAUAUUUUAAAACAAUUCUUAUCCGGACAAAAUGAAAUAAUUGGUAAUGAUGUUUCAUUAAAUUUAGGUUUGAAUUCAUUUAAUGUAGAAUUUGUAAAACCCAACAAAUCUACAGUAGGUGAAAUGACAAUUGGCUAUGUAGCUGGCUAUAUAAUUCGAACAUUAAUUUAA